AUGAUUUUAAAAGAGGCAACUAAUGAAGCAGUGACGGAGCCGAAGGGAAAGAAGAUGAUAAAUGUGAUGAGAGCUGGAGUCUCUGUCUCUCGUCCAGGUGCGGGUGACCUCACUGGCGAUGUGUUUGGUUACAUCACGGGUGUUUUGGCGGUCAUCGUCCACGCCUCGUACCUGGUUCUGAUCCAGAAGACCAGUUUGGACAGUGAGUACGGGCCACUCGCCGCUCAGUAUGCCAUCGCCAUCAUGGCCUCACCGGUGCUGCUGGUGUGUUCUUUCGUCUCCAUGGACGCCAUCAACAUGUGGACGUACGACGGCUGGCAGGACGCACGCAUCAUGUCCAUCUUCAUCUUCUGCAUCAUCAUCGGCUGCGCCAUGAACUUCACCACGCUGCACUGCACCUACAUCAACUCUGCCGUCACCACCAGCUUUGUGGGCGUGGUCAAAAGCAUUGCCACCAUCACUGUUGGCAUGCUGGCGUUCAGUGACGUCGCACCCACGGGGCUGUUCAUCGGCGGCGUGGUGGUGAACACCAUCGGCUCCAUCACCUACUGUGUGGUUAAGUACUUUGAGACAAAGAAGAAGACCAUGUAUGAGGACUUGGAGGAAGGCGGUAAAGACAGCGCACUGUCCGGUGAGCCAGGUCAGGAGAAACCUCCUCUCAACGGAGUCGGACCUGAUCCCGGACAACUGGAGAAGCAUGGUGAGGAGACGCUGGCCGACGUGUCCAAUGAGGAGCUGUGGGCAGGAGUCGGAGAAGGAGGUGUUAGUUCCCGUGUGAUGACAGAAAAGGAGGCGCUGGAGAUGCAGAGGGAGCAUCUCUACUGUGAGAGCGCCCCCUCUGGCCAGUCACUCAGUGAAAACUACGUGGGCGUGUGGCGGUCCAUCAGACAUCUGCAGUUCCUGAAGAAAGAGCCGCUGAUUGACAACAUGGAGCAGCAGAGUCCUUAGAGCACCGACACCAUCGCCGCCGCUUCUGGGACGUGACGAGACCAAAGUACCGUCUGAAAAGUUCUGCUCAGAAUGUCCCGGCAGCAGAAACAUCAAAGACGAGCGAGUUUCUGGUCUGUGACGGUGCAGCGUGGUCUGGUUGUGUCCCCGAUGGUUUGCUCGUUAGCCGGACUGAAGCGAGGCUCUGAUACUCAGCGUGCAUGUACUCGAAGCCUGAGUGUGUAAAGGUGUUUAAUCCGUGUCAGCUGUGUUUCAGUUUCUGCACACAAGAGCAUGAAUUUACUUUGUGAUGUGCAAAAUGAUACAAACGCACCAUCUGGUCAUUUAAGGAGCCUGGAAAUGUCCUGGCUCCACCCCUUUAUGCAGAUCACCCAAAAUGUAAAUGGUCAUUUUUAC